CCGAAGAAUGAGAGGGCGUCUAAAAAUGACGCAAUCGAGAGACCUGGCCAACGAGCUCGGCUACCGAGCGGCCAGAACCGUACGAACUUUUACCGCGGCCGCAUCUGCUUCUCUGUUGAAAGCUACCAUUAUCUACCUGUUUCUUUUUGUUUUCAACAGCGCGAACGACGUGGCAGCUGACCUGCUGCUGCCGAUAAUAUUUUUUUCUCUAGCGAAAUCAAGUUGUAACGUUCAGUGACUUAAAAAUCAAGCAACAAGAUGGUCUACGAAAGCGACUUUUACACGACCCGUCGGCCUUACUCCUCAUCCAGGCCUUACGUCUCGUCGUACUCCGUGACGCCCAUUCUACAAGGCCCAUUCUACUUAUAUGAUCCCGUUCGUGUAUUCGUGAGAACGAUACCUCACAUACCGUACGUGGGCCAUAGGAAACUCGUUUCCAUAGUACACACACCGGUGCGCAUUUACCAUGCUGGCACGUACCUGCCACUUAAGAUACACUCGCGCGUCAGGCCCAGCAUCAUAGCGGCAGAGCUCAACAGGAUACGCUACCUCACCAGACCCUCGUCAAAAUCCUACCUCGAGGAUUACCUGCAAUCCAGGGAUUACAUUAGAUACUUAAAGUCUGUGUACUACAAGGACUUCGACGAUGAGGCAAAAGAUAUCCGCGCCAGAACAGACAAACUUCUUCGCAAAGUUCACGUUUAUGUACCCCGACCAACACUCAGCGACUACGAAGGCGAAACCAUCCCAGAACGUCUUCGCAGCGACGACUACGUGCGCCGUAUAAUAAACGCGAAGAACACGCGCAAAGAGAUCGAGAGUUUGCCAUGGUACUCGACUCCAGCUAAACGAGAUAUUGGACCUGGUCAUCUUGCGUGCAUCAAGUAUGCUGGUGGUAGGCCCCAACCAAAACGUAAACCCUACUACACGGUAAGCGAUCUUGUACCUGGUGAUGUCAAGACCGACGUCAAGCUUAUGAGCUACUACUCGAAGAAUCGCAAGGCCGCCGAAGAUGCUUCGCCUGCUCCUACCAUAGUUGAUUGGAAUCAUGAGGUCGAGCACGAAAAAAAAACGUCCGAACAGCCGAUACAACAAAGGAAUGAGCACGUUGUAAAAUCCAAAGUCAAACCCCAAGUUGAGGUCGAUGUUGAAGUUGAAGUUGUGCAACCAGAGCCGGAAAUUGAAACAGUUGAAGUGAAAAUUCCCGCGAAGAAAAAGAAAGAAAAGAAAGUGACUAUUGAGGAAAACAAUGAUGACGAUAUGGAGGCUCAGUACGACGAAGAUGGCGUGAAGAAAGUUCCGGAUGAUGAUACGAUACAGAAAGUUCAAGAGUACCUGAAUAAGAAGGCUGCUGAAAAAAAACUGGAGGAAGAGAAGCGAGCCUUUGAGGAGGCUGAACGUAAACGAAUCGCGGCGGAGAAGGAGACAGCCAGACUAGCUGCUCUGAUGGAAGAAGAAGCCAAGCGCAACGCCGAGAUGAUAGAGGCGGAAAAGCGAGAGCAGGAGAGGCAAGAGAUUAUAAGGAAAGCUGAGGAGGCUAGAGCUGAGGCUGAGAGACUCAAGGAAGACGAGAAAUUAUUCAAUGAAGCUGUCGCACAGGCCAUUCAAGACGAACUCGAACGUGUUGCCAAAGAAGACGAAGAAGCAAAAUUAAGACAAGAAGAAGAGGAGAGAGAGGAUAGUAAAAUAGCAGAAGUUGAAGGUUCCAGUGAUAUUGUUGCCAUUGAGCAACACUCUGAAGAACACUCAGAUCAUGCUAAUUUGUCGGAUCAAGAAAUCGAGGCUAAACCUUACGAACUCGACCACGACGAAGAUACUCAGGUCGAGGAAGACGAGCCCGAAGAACAGGAUAUUGAGGACCCAUUCGUGAAUGAUGAAGGUGCUGCAAUACCUGCUGAUGUUGACGAGCCUGUACCCGACACAACGCGAGUAAAAGAACGAGGUUGCGCAAUCGAUGAACCAGGAUUCGACUGGUCCUCCAUUGACAACGAGCCCGAAGUGGAAGAAGCUUGCGUAGAUAGGCAAACACCACAAAUCGAAGAAAGAGAAGAGGAAGCCGGCAGCGAACAAGCACUCGAAGAAGUCGAAAUAUCAAGUCGACCAGAAGCCGACGACGUUCGAAUUGAGGAAGCAUAUGAAGCGGAUGAAAUGCAAGUUGAAGAGACUCAGAUAAUCGAGGAAACUAUAGAAGAGACGCACGUGGAGGAGGAGGAGGAGGAGGAGAAGGAGGAGGAGGAGGAAGGAGAAGAAACUAAGGAGGAAAAGACGCAAGCGGCUGAGGAGGAAUCCGAUAAUGAAAAGCAGGAGCAAGUAACGGAAUUUGAGGAAGCCAAGUCUGAGGACAAAACUUCGCACGAAGUUUCGGAGGAGGAAGAGAGGGAAGAAGAAGAGGAAUAAACAUUUUUUCAUUCGAAUUAUAUACAUCAUCGCGCCAACUCGAUUUUUUCUAACAUCCUAAUAUAUGAAUUCGACUCUCAUUGUUGUUUUACUAUUUUUUCACUUAUUUAUUGUUCGUUAAUUAUAUAUCUUGUACUUAGGUAACUAUACGAUUACGUACACAAAGUAAUUUUGAUAGUUUAUUGAUACGCAGAAAACGACUUUUUUUAGCAAUAAGUUUACCUUGUGAGCGGACCAAAGUGAUCGGGCCUAAGAGAACUUACGAUAUCUUUAUUGAAAUGUCAUCAAAUGUAUACUAUUUAAUAAAGAUGUCAUGAGCAAUUAUUUAUUAUAUAA